AUGGCCAAUUCGGACAACGUAGUGCGGGCAGGACUGACGCCCAAGUUCAAGGACGUUGACAGGCUAUUAGAGAUGCUGGACUACAAUUCUGCCGUCUCUUCACCGGCUGAUUCGCUCCAAUUUUGUGCCACUCAAUCGACUCCUACGCCUGAGGGUGUUUCAAUGAAAUCCUUCAUACCUCCGGUGUCCGAGUUUGCAGUAGAUAUGAUUCAGUUUGAUGACGAGAGCCGAGGAUUCAGCCUUCCUCAAGUCCCGACAGCGAGCAUUCUUCUUGUUCUUCAAGGCCAAGGAGUCAUCUCCUGCACCAUUGCAGGUGGGACCGCCUCACAGGAAUUAAAAUUUGGUCCUGGCUUUGUCUACUUCGUGUCAGCCGACAUGAUUGUCAAUUUGAUCUCUAAGGCCGACAGACGAGGGUCGUUGCUUGCCUUUCGUGCCUACGUUAACAGACGAUGA